AUGUCGUCUGGAGCGUUGGGGCGAGGUUCGUAUCGUUCCGUUGUAGCUGGAACUCGCCCAAACAACCUACCAACAUAUUAUCCAUGCGUUCUAGAACUUAUUGAGCUACACAAGGCUCAUCAGGAAGUCCUGCGCUUAUUUUAUGUGAGAGACCGAAUUUUUGAUAAUAAGUUUCCUGGAUGUUCACUGGCUAACGGACUUUAUAAGCUCGUUCCGAACAAACGCGAAAGCUUUCAUUCAAAAGAAAUAAUGGAGUCUAUUCGACGACGGACCAUUUGGAUGCAGCGAAUACGUCAACAACGGGCGUUGAAUGCCAACAUUUUGGACCGCGCAUCCAAGACACUUUCUUCUGACGAGAUGAAGGCGCGCUUUUCUUAUAAAACUGCCGACGCCGACGCUUAUUUCAACCCUCUGAACUACACGGGAGCCAACAAUUGGCCAAACUACUGGCAGCACCCCACCAUGGCGCACGUCAUACCCAAACCGAGAUGGGCACGCGUCCCCGAGUUGGGCGGGAUCACCCGCGUGCAGGAUUCCAUUUCAGUCCCUUCAGUGGACUACUAA